UGGUCAUUGUAGCACUCCUAUCAUCAUGUAAUCAAAAUUUGGGCAUUUGGCAGCCCACCCACAUUUAUGAUUACAACAUGUGCUUCAACUCACCCCAUUUUCCUAUCUCCCAUUGCAAAGGUCAGCUGUCAAAUGUUUCAUUUAAUUACCACUUAGCAAUGGAAAUGCCAUCCCAAUCUUAACAAUUAGGGUUGUUAAGCAAGGACCAAAUGUAAGGUAUGUUAACUUUGCUGUGAUAGUUAUUAUACCAGCCUCCAGUCAUCAAGCUUUUUAAAAAGCUGAUUUAAUCACUACUCAUUUUUCUGCAUUAAAAUUUAUAUUACUGAACUGGGAAUUGUUUCUUGUCUUGUAAAAAUAUAUAUGCUAUUUAUAAAUCCAAGAAAUUCCCUUUUCAUAUUAAGAGAUGUCCCUAUGUUGGACAAUUUUGGGGUUUAGAAUAGAGAAGGAACUUGUAAGAAAAAAGAUAUUUAAUACAGCUGCAGUACCUAAUAAAAUGGAUCAAAAAUAUGUUUUUUAUAGAUUAACAGUUGCAGGACAUUUUGUGCAGUGUUAUGAGUGUCCAACAACAUGGAUCUUUGUAAACAAAUGCCCUCACCUUGACCAGCAAGCCUUUCAAAACUUAGUGGAGGUGUUCAAAGAACAGCCUAUAAAGAUAUUCUGACUUGACUUUGGGAGACAAGAGGGAGAGCCACAGACUGGACAAUGGCUUGCAAAAGAUGCCUCAGCCCACAGGAGGGAGGACAUGGCUUUUGUCUCAGAAGGGACCCAUCCUAGUUUUGCAAAGAGCAAAAGGAAAGAUGGGAAAAUAUGGUCUUGUAAACUUAUUAAUCUAAGCUUCCUUUAAACCUUAGUUGUGCUAAGAAGUCUUGAAAGCUACAUAUUGUGAUUCUAUGACAUACAUGGGUAAGGUUUAAAUUUUAUAGAGACGCAUAGACUUCUUGUUUUUAGGCAGCACUGCUGGUUUUAACAAGAACUAUACUAUGAAGUGAAAUUCAUAAAAUUUCAGGCGCGAGGACCUCUGCCGGCUUCCUUCCAGUCCUGCAGAGGGCACGGCGAGGCUGACCCACGUCAAUUGGGAGGACUCGAAGGGCUGUCCUGGCAAGGAUCUCGGGGGCGGGGGUUUCGAGUGAGGAAAGGCAGGGCGUGGAGUUUCCCCUCCUUUGACGCUCAAGUUUUCGCCGCGCCCGCAGAAAGUCCGAUUAAUGGGCCCCGACCCUCGCACUGCCUCUGGUAUUCUUUCUUUCGCCAGCCCUGUCUAUCCGCAUGCAGGUAUGCUUGAAGUGCGCCCCGAGGUUGGUGGAAGUGUAUAGAACGUAUGAAAACAGACGGGGAACAGGAAUAAAAGGCCCCUGGGGUUGCGGAGACAGGAAUUUGGACCUGAGGCCUGGCAAAGAAGCAUUCACCAAAGUGAGGCAUUGAUUGUCGUGUUGAAAUCAGCCCUUAACGUAUGCAGCUGUCCAAGUAUGAGUUUGGAAAGCACAGUCUCUUAUUAUAAUGGCAGAGCAGCUAGCUGGUAAAACAAAAAUUACACACAUAGCUACAGCAGGAGGAGAUUCACUGUCCUUCGUAAGCUCACUGAAAGUCCACAGAGAAUUGCUAGUCAAUCGAAUCCACAACACCCAGUGUUUGAUUGACAACUUGAUUAAGAAUGACUAUUUCUCCAUAGAAGAUGCAGAGAUUGCUGCACAGUAUUCUACACAAGCAGAUAAGGUCCGUAAAAUUCUGGAUCUAGCCCAGAGUAAAGGUGAGGAAGUUGCAGAGUAUUGCCUGUAUGUCCUGCAACAAGCUGGUGAUGCUUACUAUGACUUACAUCCUUGGUUGGAGGAGAUUGGCUUCCACCCAUCAGAAGUCAUUUGUAGCAAACCUGUGGAAAAUACUGACCCAGUCAGCAGAUACCAGCAGAAACUUAAAGAUGAAUUGGGCCGAGAAACAAAGUUCGUCAUGUCAUAUGCCCAAAAGGAAGACAUGUUGCUUGAAGAAAUAUAUUCUGCCAACAUUAUGGAGUUUCUCAAUCAUAAAAAUGAGAAACUCAGUAAUGUGGAUGCUUUAGAAGAUUUACUUACUGACAGUUUUGGGCUGAUCAAUGAAAAUGGAGAGACCAUCUAUAUCUUUGGAGAUGCUGGGAUUGGAAAGUCCUUGUUACUGCAAAAGAUGCAAAAUCUGUGGUCCAAGAAUGCCUUUGAUGUAGGGGCCAAAUUCUUUUUUUGUUUCCGAUGCCGAAUGUUCAGUUGUUUCAAGCAAGAAGAAGCCUUUUGUUUAAAGGAUCUUCUUUUCAAAUAUAACUGUUUCCCAGAUCAGGAUCAAGAGGAGGUUUUCAACUUCAUUGUAAAAUUUCCUCAUACUGUCUUGUUUACAUUUGAUGGAUUUGAUGAAAUUCAUUCUGAUUUUGAUCUCAGUAGUAUUCCUGAAAUCUGCUCUCCCACUGAAUCUAUUCACCCACUUGCUCUUCUGGUGGGCCUCCUCAGUGGAAAACUUUUGAAGGGAUCUAGAAAAAUUCUGACAGCUAGGACAGGGACAGAAAUUGUUAAAAACAUUGUCCGGAAGAAAGUAUAUCUCCGAGGGUUUUCCAGUAGUAACCUGAAAGAUUAUACUAAAAUGUUCUUCAAAGAUGAAGGAUGUCGAACUUUGGUUUUGAAUCAAUUGGAAGCCAACCCAAAUCUAAGCAGUUUGUGUUCAGUGCCAUUAUUUUGCUGGAUUAUCUUCAAAUGCUUUGAACAUUUCCACUCUGCAUUUGAUAGCCAUGAGCUCCCAGACUUCACUGUCACUCUAACGGAUAUAUUCUUGCUCAUGACUGAAGUCCACCUUAAUCGCAUUCAAAAGAGAAAUUUUCUAAAGAAGAACAACAGAAGCCAAGAAGAAACAUACAGGUCUAAUAAAGAGAAAUUGUUUGCACUGAGUAAAAUAGCCUACAUGGGGAUGCAGAAAUCUCUCUUCGUCUUUGAGCAAGAGGAAGGCCUUAGUGACCUCCUUGAGCAGGAUUUACAUUUAGGAUUUCUCAGGACAAUUCCUGAUCAUGAAGGUAUUGUAGACCAAUCUUGCUAUGAAUUCCUGCACUUGACCUUGCAGUCAUUUUUCACAGCUUUUUAUCUGGUAACAGAUGAAAAAGUAGGUGCCAGGGAUUUGCUGCAAUUCUUUGCUGAAUGCUCCAUGCAAGACAUUACUCUAUCUUCCUGCUUGCCUCUUUCCUGGUCAAAAAAUUACCAUCCAACAGGAGGGGAUCCUUUCCGAAAUAAAGAGCACUUUCAUUUUACUAAUCUCUUCCUGUGUGGCUUGCUUUCCAAGGCAAAGCAGAAACUCUUGAGGCAUCUGAUUCCUCUGAGUACAGUCAAGAAGAAAAGGAGGAUUCUUCUUGCCUAUUUUUUUGAAAGCAUGAAGUCUCAUCUAAAGGGUCUCUCUCGGGCAAGGCUGAAAGAAUACAAACAGGUGCAAGUAAUGCCAAACUUUGUUUGGAUGCUGAGAUGCAUCUAUGAGACGCAGAGUGAAAAAGUUAGUAAAGGGAUUGCCAAAUGCAUGCGUGCCAACUAUAUCAAGUUGACUUACUGCAAUGCCUACUCCGCUGACUGCAGUGCCAUCUCCUUUGUUAUGCAUCAUUUCCAGAAACGCUUGGCCCUUGAUCUGGACAAUAACAACAUCAAUGAUUAUGGGAUCAAGCAGCUGCAGCCUUGCUUUAGCCAUCUGGCAGUACUCAGGGUGAGCGUGAACCAGAUCACAGAUCAAGGUGUGAGAGUGCUUUACGAGGAGCUGUCCAAAUUUAAAAUUGUGUCUUAUUUGGGCUUAUAUAACAACCAGAUUACCGAUAUUGGAGCAAAGUAUGUGGCAAGACUCAUUGAGGAAUGUCCAAGCCUCAUCUAUGUUAAGAUUGGAGCAAACAAGAUAACAACUGAGGGAGGGAAAAGUCUUGCUUAUGCCAUCAAGAAAAGUAAAACUAUGUAUGAAAUUGGAAUGUGGGGUAACAAAAUUGGGGAUGAAGGAGCAAAGGCUUUUGCAGAGGCACUGAAAAAUCACCCCAGCUUAACCAAUAUCAGUCUUGCCUUUAACAGCAUCACUACAGAAGGAGGUAAAAGCCUCGCAGAAGCGAUGAAACACAACAAUGGUGUAAAUAUAUUUUGGCUAACAAAAAAUGAGUUGGAUGAUGAAGCAGCUGAGAGUUUUGCUGAAAUGGUAAAGGUUAACAAGAGAUUGGGCCAUCUGUGGCUUAUCCAGAACCAGAUUACAGUUCGAGGAGCCACAAGCUUAGCUGAUGCUCUCCAGGACAACACAGCUCUCAAAGAAAUCUGCUUAAACGGAAACCCAAUAAGUCAAGAGGAGGCCCAAGUCUUUGAAAAUGAAAAGAGACUCAUUUGCUUCUGAGAAACUUUUUCCCGGUUGGAUGAUAAUUGUCAUACCAGGAUGAUUAUACUAGUGCUCAGAGCAAUGCCAGAAGCCUGGGCAAAAUGAACCCAAAACUUGAAUAAAACGAUCACCUCCUGUGUGCUUAUCUUGACCCUGAUGCUUGAAAGGAGGAUUUAGCCUUAGUAAUUAACCAGUUCUACCCUAACAACAUUUGUGUUAGGUUUCUGGGAUGACUUUGAUUUUAUGCCAGGCCCUGAAAUAUAUCAGCAGGAACCUGGUUCAGAAGACAACCCUUAAAAGACACUGAAACUGGAGGAUCAGAACUGGGGGAACUAGCAGCUCAUCUGAAAAAAAUCUACUGUCUCCCUUCUCCCUUACUCCACCCUUCCUCAAAUGUUUGCCCCACUUUUUUUUUUUGGCCGGGAAAAAGAUAUUUGGAUGCUGCUGUUGCUACAGAAUUAGAUCCACCAGUGAAUCCCUUUCUCUCAGUGAGGCAUAGCAAAUUGCCUUCAGUCAGUUUUGCCUUUGAUACCAACCAUAAUUCAAAGGAAAGGAAUCAUGGUGCAAAAGAAAAUGGCAGGAUGGAUUUCUCACAACCUAUUGCAGGUAUUAAUACUUAAGGUUUAGACCUGAUUUUGCACUACACCCUUUUAAGGGUAUGAGGAGUUUUGAGAAGAUUUGCAUUUUUCACAAAGGUUGUAAAGAGCAAAUUUGUACACGGGUGACCAGAGUCGCCCAAAGUCACUAGCUUUUUUAUGUGACCUAAGUGAGACAGGCGAUGUAGAAAUGUGUUAAGUAAUGUGUUAUCACACACCUAAAAAGAACAGAGUUAAGGUUAGAGUUUGAUCAUGUUAACUUGCCAUUUUGAAGCCAGUGACUAUCACCUGUUUUGCUACUGGCUCACUUGGAAGUUGUGCUAAUUUAUUCCUAGAUAUUAGAGAGAAGAGACGAAAUGCAUUCAACAUGCUCACAUAAAUUGUCCUUAAUUGUGGUUUAGUGGUUUAGUCAAAUGAUUGGGUUAAUGUUAAAUAUCAUUUGUUUCUAGUGUUUUGGUUAUCUGAGGAUAUUUGAUAAGGGCUGGAUCUCAGCCUCAAUAUGUUGGAAGAGAAGUAUGGUAUAAAUGACAUAUUUGGGGGAUGCUCCAUUGUGGUAUCUCUUUGUUCCAGUAUUAAUAAAUUAAUUAUUAGGGGGUUGGAAAUAGAAAUAAAAGAUGAAAGUUUGUACAAUAUAAUGGUAAUUUGGAAUUUAAUUUGGUAUAUGAAGAACUCUGCUUUUAUUGGACAUGGACUAUAGCUACAAUGUUUUACUUUGAUGGAAAUAUACUUUAUGUUACAGUUUGGUAUGAUGAAAUGUAUUCCCUUUUGCGUAUUAAUUUGUUUCUCAUUAUGUGGCGGAAAUCCACCAAUAUGUAAUCAAGGUUCAAUUUAUUGAAUGAGUUAUUUUCUUAUUAAAGUAUUUUCAUUUUCUGUU